UGAGAUGCAUAUUUUGAUCUUAAACUCUCCUAAAACCUGCUGUGGAACUGUUGUGAUAAAGCAAAUCCAUUACCAAAUAGGGAGGAGAGAAAAUAUUGACAAAAAAAAAAAACACUUGGAAUGUCCAAAAUUAACUACAUUUAUACUUUACAAGUAGAGUUUCUGGGGCUUGGUUUAACUCUUUCUGGGGCUUGGUUUGCACAACAUUUUAUUUUUGUGGAAAUGUUCUGAAGUGCUGUGACUUUACAUCUGAAAGAUCCUGCAGCUUCAAAUCAGGCCACUGAACUAAGACUGUUGCAACAGUCUUCAACCAUCUCAAUGUCGCCCUGCUUCUUCACACACUCCACUGGCUUCCAGUUGAAGCUCAUAACUGCUACAAGGCCAUGGUGCUUGCCUACAGAGCAAGAAGAAGAGCUUCUCCUCCUUACCUUCAAACAAUGGUGUUCCUGUACACAGUUCCAACACCAUUGUGAAGUUUGCAGAUGAUACCACGGUGGUAGGCAUGAUCAGUGACAAAGACAAGUCAGCCUACAGGGAGGAGGUCAAGUGCCUAAUGGCAUGGUGUGCCCACAACAAGUGGGCACACCAUUAGUUUUCUUUGCACAACAACGCAAAGAAAACUAAGUAGCUCAUUGUGGAUUACAGGAGGUCAAAAGGCUGCAGUCAUGCCCCAGUUCUUAUCGACAGCACUAAAGUGGAGCGUGUGUCCAGCUUCAAUUUCCUGGGGAUCCACAUCUCCUAGGACCUCUCCUGGACCCUCAACACCUCAGCCCUGGUCAAAAAGGCACAGCAGCGUCUGUACUUUUUUAGGAGGCUAAAGGAGGCCCACCUGUGCUCCAAGAUACUUGGGAACUUUUACUGCUGCACAUUCAAGAGCCUACUGACUAACUGCGCCACUGUAACGGGUGGUGAAAAUCGUCUAGCCCAUCACUGGUGCCCAGCUCCCAGCCAUCGUAGACCUCCAGCGCAGGGCGCACGGCAUCUUCAGGGACCCUUCACAUCCAGGCCACAAACUGUUUGCCCUCCUACCAUCAGGCCGGCGGUACAGGUAUCUUCAUUUCCGCACGAGCAGGCUCAGGAACAGUAUCUUUCCAUCUACUGUAACCCUGCUGAAUGCAGUGACACAUCAUUAACCAUACCCCCCCUCCUCUCAGGGACCUUGUUGCACUACUCCCUUUGUAUAACUGGACUCAGUUGUUACAGGCUUGAUGAUUACCUGACAAGUCUAAUCAGAUGUGCUAGAUCUGGAAUAGAACAAAUACAUGGAGGGUUGGCUGGGGGUCCCUGAGAAGGAUGACUACAUCUGCUCUCAAGUUAUGUAGAGUACAAGCUUUGUUCAAACAGGACGGAGCACAGACAUGCGCGUGGCAGUGAUUGGAGCUGGGGUCAGUGGCCUGUCCACAGCUCAGAGCAUCUUUGAACAGUACCACUCUUUAAUCAUUCCUCUGACCAUUGAGGUAUACGCAGACCGCUUCACUCCUCUGACCACCAGCGAUGGGGCUGCAGGAUUCUGGCAGCCAUACCUCUACGACAAAGGCAAUGUCCAGGAGACUAAAUGGUGUAAGGAGACAUUUGACUAUCUGCUGAGUUUUCUGCGUUCCCCAGACUCUAUCAAAAUGGGUAUUUUCCUCCAGUCUGGCUACAACCUUUGCAGUGAGUCUGCACCAGAUCCCUCUUUUAAAGAUAGUGUUCUGGGCUUCAGAACGCUUACAGAGAGAGAGCUGGAACUGUUUCCUGGAUACAGUUAUGGGUGGUUCAACACUGCUCUCAUGGUGGAGGGAAAGACAUACUUGCCUUGGCUGAUGGACUGGUUACGAGAAAGAGGAGUGAAAUUUUACCAGAGGAAGAUAGAGUCAUUCAAAGAGCUUGUAGACAGUGGGGUGGACAUCAUCAUCAACUGCACAGGGGUGAGGUCAGGUGACCUCCAGUUUGACCCUGAACUCACACCAGGCCGUGGGCAGAUACUAAAGGUGCAAGCGCCAUGGUUAAAGCAUUGGAUCAUCACCCACAGUUUCACAGCUGGAACCUACAAUGCACCAUACAUCAUACCUGGAAGUCAGUCAGUGGUGGUUGGUGGCUGUUUCCAGAUAGGGAACUGGAGCGAGCAAAACAAUUCUGAGGAUCACCAGAGGAUCUGGGAGGCGGCCUGCAAGCUGGAACCCAGCCUUAAGCAUGCCCAGAUAGUGGAGGACUGGACAGGGCUCAGGCCUGUUCGCAGUAAAGUUCGACUGGUGCGAGAAUCCAUGCAAUCUGGACAAUCCAAAUUUGAGGUGAUCCACAACUAUGGCCACGGAGGGUUCGGAUUGACCAUCCACCGAGGUUGUGCCCAGGAGGCAGCUAGGCUUUUUGGGGAGAUAUUGGAGCUGAAGGACUGGGUGCCAAAGUCUAGUUUGUAAAGCAGAAUUAGCAUCAGUAGCACUUCAAUUUUAACAUCAUAACCGUUUAUAUGGAAACCCACAGAGGAGGACAAUCCUGGACCUUCAGAUAAUAAUCAUGUCUAAAUCAGAGGUUGAAUAGUAGUUAUCUUGAUAAACCCAAGAUCAGUUUUCUUUAAACACAAAGGGCCAGUUACAAGGACGCAUCUUAAGCCUAAUCUUAGAUGAAGAAGUCAAGCUCAAUGGAUUGUGGACCUACGUUUAUACUGGUUGAGUAUAUUAGCUAAUAGUAUAUAAAGAUGUAAGUGGUGAAUAUAUCCUAUCUAUUAAUUUACAUUAUAUUUUGACAGGACUAGGCUUAGUCUGUGUCUGGGAAACUGGCCUAAAGACUACCAAAUGGCUGAAUGCCAUCCAUCGGCAUAGCUUUUAAUGAAUUUGCCAAUUGUCUUUGUUUUAUAAUCAUACUAUUAAAUAAUGUAUCUAAUGAAAUUUGAAGUUACACUUUUAUAACUACAAUUUAAUUUUUUGCUAAAAUGCAUACAAAACAUAUUGAAAAUACAGAUGUUAAAAUAAAAAGUUUAAAUAUCUUGAAA